AUGUUUCCCCUUCUAGCUUUGCUGUUACUAUUACCGCUCGGUCAUACUCAAAAAACGACGUCGACUCCCACCAAGGUGUCGGUUCUUGAGCACAUAUUUCCCCCAUAUCGUGGCCCAGCGAGUUAUUUUGCAUCCGUAGUUGCAAUUGAGGAUCAAAUAACAACACUUGCGAUGACUUGCUUGCAACCCACUAGCUGGCCUACACCAGAUCCUCUCUCGCGAGAUCCUUGCGACACCUCAAGCUUGGGAAUCCGUUCUCAAACAAUCACGCAGGGAAAUGGGACCUGGGGUGUUGAGCAUGGCACAACUCUUGGGGAAGAGUACUGGACUAGAUGUCAACGCAUGAGCGGAUCAUUAGGACCAUCAGCUACAGAGAAUCCCUUUGAUGCCAGCAGCCUAUACUGCUCCGCACGAUACAGCGCAAGUGGCUUCCCUCCUCUAACCGAGGAAGGCGUCGCCAGAGUGAGAUUUGGAUUGUCUACGCAAUUGGUCACGGUCACAGCAGGUUUCGAUGUACUAGGAGAGCCCUUGGAGACGGCUUCGUCACGUACAGGUAGGAUUCAGGUUGAGCGUUCCAAAGAAACGCCGCAUUAA